AAGAACACUCCAAUUGACUUAUUCAUUGUUAAAGUUACCCUAAAUGAAAUUGUGUUUGAGUUUUCUUUAAUUUAGACUUGAAGAUUGAAGGGUGAGUUUUCUUUAAUUUCAAACGUUUAUGAAGAUUGAAGGGUGAGUUUUCUUUAAUUUAGACUUGAAAUUAAGCACACAUAUUUGUUUCUCAAGAAAAGUUUGAAUGUUUACUGUUUAGUAUUUAAGCCGCCGUGACUAUAAUAACAUGGUACGUGGUCAAACAACGGUACCUUCCGUUUCAAAGGGGGCUAUAUUAAUGUACCAUCAACCAUGCAGCCACCCCACCGCCCAACAUAAACAAAUGAACCACAGCGAAGUAUGAAUCCCCUGCGCUCCUUCCUCCUCCUCAUUUUCUCAUCCACAUGGAUCACUUCCUCCACCGCCGGCGACCAUAACAACUUCCUUCUCUGCCUUGGCUCUCGAAACACCACCGUCUCCCCCAAUUCGGACCUAAUCCACACCCCAAACUCCGCCUCGUACUCCUUCGUCUUCCAAUUCUCCAUUCGAAACACCCGGUUCAACGACACCGCAGCUUCCACAAGACCCACAGCCAUCAUCACUCCAAAGACAAUCUCCCAGGUACAAUCCGCCGUCGUCUGCGCCCGCACCCAUGAUGUUCAGGUCAGGGUUCGGAGCGGCGGCCAUGAUUUCGAAGGCAUGUCCUACGUUUCCACCUCUCCCUCCUCAACCCAGCCAUUCCUCCUGAUCGACCUGAUCAAUCUCCGAAACGUCGCCGUAGACGUCCCCUCAAAGUCCGCGUGGGUCCAGGCUGGCGCGGUACUGGGUGAAGUCUACCAUGGCAUUGCCUCCGCUAGCGGGACCCUCGCCUUCCCGGCGGGGAUCUGUCCCACCGUCGGAGUCGGCGGCCACGUCAGCGGCGGAGGGUACGGCAUGUUGAUUAGGAAGCACGGAAUCGCCGCGGAUAACGUAUUGGACGCCCAGUUAGUCGACGCGAGAGGCAGAGUCCUGGACAGAGCCGCCAUGGGGGAGGACGUCUUCUGGGCGAUUCGCGGCGGCGGAGGGAACACCUACGGAGUCGUGGUCUCCUGGAAAAUAAAGCUGGUUACCGUUCCCGCUCGCUUGACCGCGUUCACUGCCGUGAGAACGUCGGAAGAAAACGUGACAAGAGUCUUUGACCGAUUUCAGCACGUGGUGGACAAGCUCCCCGACGAUCUCUCGAUCCUGCUGACGCUAAACACGGUGAACUCCACAGCAAAAGGGAAACUCACAGCCACGAUGCAAGCUGUAUUCCAGGGUCUGUAUGUGGGAGAAACAGAGACUCUGUUGGGGGUGAUGGAACAGAGCUUUCCGGAGCUCGAAUUAACGGGACAGUACUGCAGGGAGAUGAGCUGGAUCCAAUCGAUUCUCUACUUCGCCGGGUACCCAAAUAAUGCAACCUACGACGAAUUGUUGGACAGCAGGAGUAGCGCCCCUGUCCAAUUCAACAAGGUGAAGGCGAAAUCGGACUACGUGGAGGCGCCGCUUCCGGUGAAGGUGCUACAGGGGAUUUGGAAGAGACUGUACGAACUGGAAUCGGGACCGUCGUUCCUGCAGAUUAUUCCUCACGGAGGGAUGAUGAGCCGGAUUUUGGAUUCCAGUAUUCCGUAUCCGCACAGAGCCGGGAAUGUAUACAAGAUCCAGUACUAUGCGGUCUGGUCCAGAGAAGGGAAGGAAGUGGAGAAGAGGUAUUUGGAUUGGAUAAGAAGGCUGUACGAAUUCAUGACGCCGUACGUUUCCAAGAACCCCAGAGGCGCGUACGUGAAUUCGAGGGAUCUGGAUUUGGGGAGGAACAAUCUGGGGAAAACUACGAGCUAUAGGCAGGCGCGGAUUUGGGGGGAGAAGUAUUACAAGCAUAAUUUCGAGAGGUUGGCUCGUGCCAAAGCAGCCAUUGAUCCUUCUAAUUUCUUCAGGAAUGAACAGAGUGUGCCUCCUUUCACUGGGUGAUCAGUGAUGACUGAUGAACCUGGGCAGAGAGUUUAAAGCUAGCGUAAUGAUGCUUGAGCCCGUCCGCCCGCUGCUGUGAUUUUUCUUUUAUUAUGCUUCUGUUUUUUUUACUUCUGUUGUUGUAAUAAAACCUUUUGAAAAAU